CUUGACUCUCUGACCCCGGUCGCUCUCACGCAGGAUUCGGUCCAAGUUCUCUGGAAACAGGUCCGUAUUGUCUUGUUACCGACGGCCUUUCCUUGAGGGAUGGAACGUAAGGUCGCGCGCGAAUUCAGACAUAAGGUCGAGCUGCUGAUUGAAAAUGAGGCAGAAAAGGAUUACCUGUAUGACGUCCUCCGCAUGUACCACCAGUCGAUGGAUUUGCCUGUUCUUGUUGGGGACUUAAAGUUGGUCAUCAAUGAACCAAAGCGCCUACCUCUCUUUGAUGCCAUCCGACCUCUGAUCCCACUCAAACACCAGGUCGAGUACGACUUGCUUACGCCCAAGAGAUCCCGAAAACUCAAAGAGGUGCGUUUGGAUCGCAUGCAUCGGGACGGACUUGGUCUGAGUGUCAGAGGAGGGCUGGAAUUCGGCUGCGGUCUCUACAUUUCACAAAUUGUUAAAGAUGGUCAGGCUGACAAGGUGGAUCUGCAGGUCGGGGAUGAGAUUGUUCGGAUCAACGGCUACUCCAUUUCUUCCUGUAUCCACGAGGAGGUCAUCAGUCUCAUCAAGGCCAACAAGAUUGUUUCACUCAAAGUCAGACACGUUGGGAUGAUCCCUGUGAAGAGCUCAACAGAGGAGCCCCUCAAAUGGCAGUACGUCGACCAGUUUGUCUCUGAAUCUGGAGAGAAGAAAUCAAGUGUGGCAGGCUUGGCCUCGAUCGGAGGUAAAGAAAUCAAGGAGAAGAAGGUUUUCCUCAGCCUGGUGGGCACUACCGGCAUGGGCAUCAGCAUCUCCAGCGGCCCUACUCAGAAGCCAGGCAUCUACAUCAGCAACGUGAAGCCGGGCUCUCUUUCUGCAGAAGUGGGACUGCAGGUUGGCGACCAGAUUGUGGAGGUCAAUGGGGUGGACUUUACUAAUGUGGACCAUACUGAGGCUGUGAGAGUGCUGAAGAGCAGCAGGAGUCUGACCAUCACUGUCCUGACUGGAGCGGGCGCCGAGCUGUUCAUGACAGAUGAGGAGCGUUUGGCAGUAGAGGCGCGCAGGGAGCUGGACAGGCAGGAGUUGAUGCACCAGAAGAGGGUCGCCCUGGAGACCAACAAAAUCCUAAAGGAACAGCAAGAGAUGGAGAGACAGAGGAAGAUGGAGAUCUCUCAGAAAACUGCAGAGGAAGAAGCCCGCUAUAAAAAGGAGAUGGAGAGGAUUGAGGCUGCGGAAAAGAAACAGUACAGGGAGUGGACCGAAGACUGGGGAGCCCAGGAGAGACCGAAGAGUCCUAAAAGUCCCCGCACACCUAAGAGUCCGUCUCCUGCUCCACCUGAAGCUAAAACUUCCCAAAAAGCCAAAAGUUCUCCAUUUGGCUGGUUUUACCGCUAUGAAGGAAAGCUGCCAUCUCUACGUAAGAAAGGUGACAAGAAGAAGAAAAAGAAGAAAACCUCCAACACAGACACGCUGCAGGAGCUGAGGAAGAACAAGAAGGAGAUGGAGUUUGAGCUCAAACUGGCCAAGGAGAAGGAAGAAAUGUAUGAGAAAGAGAAGCAACUGAAAAUUAAUAGGCUCGUGCAGGAGGUUUCAGAGACAGAGAGAGAAGACCUGGAGGAGUCUGAGAAAGUGCAGCACUGGGUCGAGCGUCUUUGUCAAACUCGCUUAGAGCAAAUCUCCUGUGUGGAGAAUGAGUCACCUGAGUUGUCACCGCCUCGCUCUCCUGGAUCCGAGCCCAGUGUGAAGCGGUUCCCUGGGGGGCUCCACUUGGCCACCACUGACCUGGAUGACAUUAACUUGGAUGAGGUGGACCAGAGCCUGAGAGGCCCUAUGAAGCGACUCGCUCCCACCCAGCCCAGCAGCAGCCAACCUCCACCUCCCUUACCUCUCCCUCCACCUUCACCCAAGCUGAACCCAACCAUCCCCAAUUACUCUGCCCCUCCCCAACAAGCGCUCCCCCAGCGCCGAGCACCUUCUCCCCCCAACACUAGGAAGCAGCCAUCUGCUCCGUCCACCUUAAGGAACCAUGGCCGCCAGCCUCACCCGACUUACCACCCGUCUCGACAGAUUUCACGUCAUCCCACCUCUCGCUAUCCUCCGGCGUCUCAGGCAUCACGACCCCCUUCUUCCCCGCAGCCUGCCCCUCGACCUCCUCCACCGCCACCUCCUCCUCCACCCCCACCUCCUCCGCCUCCACCACCUCCUCCACCGCCACAGCAGUCAGAUUCCAGAGUUGGCGCCCUGAACGGGUAUCGACAGCAUCAUCAUCAACAUCAUGUCCAGCAACCCCCCAGCCCCCCGGAACACAGGAGUGAGUGGGAAACGGGUGGCUACCUCCCCCGUGGAGGCCUUUACUCCUCCAACACCAGUGAGAUGUCUUACCCCUCAAGUCCCAAGGUAAUGAGAAAUACCUCCCAUGCCAGUCGAAUUUCCUCUUCAAGCAACCCCUUGCAACUCGCUCCCAGCCCGCCCAACCAGCGGCGCCAGACGGCGCCUGUCAUGUCAAAGCCCGUCAUGUUGCCGCAGUCCCAAACCACUAGACCAGAACCACACAGAGCUGCUCACCGCUCUGACGGCCUGCCGCCUGAAAUGUUGAAACGGAUGGUGCCCUACAACACGUCUUUUAAAUCAAACAACAAGCGAAAAGGCUUUCAGAAGUAUGUGGAAGAUUUUGACCCCCACUCCAUGUUUUCGGCUGACCAGAUAGCAGGACGUGACGUGAGGCUGCUGCGGAUUAAAAAGGUGGGGCAGCUGGACCUGGCUCUGGAAGGUGGCGCUGACUCACCUUUGGGGAAGUUAGUCAUCUCGUCUGUGUAUGAAGGUGGAGCAGCAGAUAAACAUGGUGGGGUUGUACCUGGAGAUGAGCUGAUGGCGGUGAAUGGAAAGAUCUUGAUCAAUGCCACCUUGACUGAAGGUCAAAACUCCUUGGCCAGAGCCUGGAACAGUGGAGGGGACUGGAUUGAUGUUGUCAUUGCAGUUUCACCGCCAAAAGCAUAUGAAGACGAAGUCCCAAAGUCAGCAUCAGUCAGUCCCACUGUCAACAGGCCGGCGUUUGAAGGCAGCGCGUCUCUGUACAGACAUGGCUACCUCCUUCGUCCUUAACUCACCUGCCACCUGGUAAUUGAGUGGGCUUCACUGCCUCCCUCUUCUUUCCUGCCUGUCGGAGGGAAGAUUUGGUGUGACACGUGUUUGUGUGGCCUCACUUUUCAACCACGUGUGACACUCACUGUCAAUCAGAAAGAACUUGAAGGAGCAGCAUAUAAUCGGAUUCAUGUGAAAAAGCUCUCAGCAAAUGGUCAUCCACCAAUUCCUGCGUCUUUUUCCAAGCAAAAAUCCUCAGUGUUUCACCAACAAACAUCACGGUGUUGACAGCUCACAUGACGUGUGGCCCAUGUUACUGUAUGUCUUCCACAAAACAGUCCAGUAAGUCAAAUAUAAACUCACAUGUGCAGCCUCUGCGGUAUUUUCCAGCGUCAUCAGGUCACGGACGCUCAUGAAAGAGACACUUGACUUCUGCCGGCCCACACCAGUUGUUCUGAUUGAUGUUGCUCCAUGGGACUGUGACAUGUUCUGACUUCACUUGGUGACACCGUGUGCUUCUCUCACAGUCCACUCCACGAGCUCUCCGGCUUUCGUCUGGUUUGAUGUGUGCUGAUCUCACUUCCAGCUGUUUUGUCUUUUAAAUGUGUCGCGAGAGGGCACAGUUGAGAGUAAUAAUUCAAGAGAAAUGUGAAUGCAUUUUCAACAGAAGGAUGUCCUUGUUUGGCCUUGCUAUACAUCAGUGCUGUUCAGUAGUUAACAAUGGCCGACACAAGCUGAUCGAUAAACUGAGCACUGGCCAGCAUCCUGUCUGUUGAAAACCUCUUCUAGGUGAAUCACUCAGGUUAUUGAUUUUUCUCACCUCUUAAAUCAGCACGUGGAACUGGGAAGCAGUGAGAAACUACAGCUUGAUUCCUCUGCGG